AACGCGCAACAGAGACUGUAGCAAGAGCAACAGUUGGUGGUGGUGUUUCAUACGUCGUCAUCCGUUUUGCAGAAGAAAGUGGGUUGCUAGAUGCCGAUGUUUUUACACGUACCAGGCUAGCGCUGAACCGGACCAAGAAAGUGGGCUACGGGUUGAAAAAUGGACUACGUCUACAUGGCCGGUGGCGAUCCUGGAAAUCCGCGCGCCGAGGACAUCAUCACCUUGACAAUGUACGACAACGAUCCAACUGGCGCGGUUCAGGAGUAUCCCGAUCCGACCGAUUAUGGCGCAUUCAUCAUCGGAUCUUCGGAACCAGAGUUCAUAGAACAUGGCAUGAUCCUGGCUGACGGAGGAGAUCGGUUCGGCGUGUCAACAGUUUGCUUCGACACGCAGGAAGAACUUAUUUGGAUGGGAAACCAGGGCGGACACGUAACAUCGUACUACGGUGGCACGAUGCAGAAAUACACCUCGUUUCAAGUGCACGCAAACGAAGUGGUGCGACAGAUAACGACUAUCGAUGCAGGAAUCCUUGCACUCACACCGACCACCCUGCGGCAUCAGAUUCGCCGAGGUCUUCCGAAGUUUACGUUCCGCUCGGACAGGAUGGUCGACAUGGUUUGCAUGAUAGAACACGCACCAGCCCGUCUACUGAUGGGAGGACAUCAAAGUGACCUGAUCGAGGUAGAUCUUUCGACGGUCAGUGAGCUCACCAGCGUUGUUGCCGGCCUCAAUGGAUGUGCAAUUUUGCGCCGCCAUUCAAGGUAUCUUUGCGCUGGGGAUGCCUACGGAAAGAUCUCGCUUCUCGAUCCUAACAAUCUCACGAUUGAGCAUGAACUGCCAACGCACUCUGGCAGUCUAUCAGACUUUGAUGUACAGGGUAACUACCUGAUUUCGUGCGGAUUGAGUGGUCGCCAAGGCAAUCUCACCAUUGACCGCUUCCUCAUGGUGUACGAUAUGCGGAUGCUACGUUUAGUAUCACCGAUCCAAGUACUAGUGGAACCGCAGUUGCUGCGCUUUUUGCCCUCACACUGCUCGCGACUGGCGGUGGUGUCACCGCACGGACAGCUGCAGCUCGUGGACACUGUCGAACUGAGCGAACCACGUGUGUGCAUGUUCCAGAUCAAUACAACCGGUUCGCAGUGUUUAUCAUUCGACAUCAGCUCCUCCAGCCAGGCGAUGGCAUUCGGCGACCAAUCAGGCCACAUAAACCUUAUCUCAGCGGCAAAGAUCAACACUCCGACAUUGCAAUUCAAUCCCUACUCCCGCGACACGGAAUUUGCUGAUACAAUUGAGCCGGCUACAUUUGUGCCCAUCACAGAUACGAAUUUUCCGCUGUCAUCCGUGCUUCUGCCUCAUCUGACGACCGGUGAGCGCUGGUUGAGCGAUUGGCCUCCAUGGAUGAACACAUACGAGCACUGGCGAACGAAACAGAUUGAUCCGAUCGUGAUCUCUACGAUGAAAAUGCAAGGACCAAUCGGAUAUGCUCCGAAUCCACGAACCUGCCUGCGAAAUCAGAUGCCCUACCUUCUGGAAGGAUCCAACGGCGUCUUGAACAACGGAUCGGUUCCUUCCACGGCUCAUGGAUCGUCUUCUACGAAGGGCGGAACCGGUCCCGAGCAACAGGGUUUGAAACUCGUACCUCGACGCUACCGAAAAGUCGAUGUCAAAUACAGCAAGCUCGGAACGCAGGAUUUUGAUUUUGAGCAAUACAAUCAGACCGGAUUCGUUGGACUCGAAGCAAACCUACCCAAUGCCUACUGCAACGCGAUGCUUCAAGUGUUGUACUUUAUCAUUCCGCUACGCAAAGCGAUUCUGGCACACUGUUGCUCCAAGGAGUUUUGUCUGUCUUGUGAGCUGGGGUUCCUUUUUCAUAUGCUGGAUGUCGGCAGCUCUAGCGCACCCUGUCAGGCAAGCAACUUUUUGCGAUCCUUUCGCACGGUACCGGAGGCGGCAGCACUAGGUCUGAUACUUUCCUCGACCAGCGCGAACGUCAACUUGAUUAGCCUUAUACAGAACUGGAAUAGGUUCGUGCUUCAUCAGAUCCACUACGAGUUACUGGAAGCGUUAAAAAAGAACGAAACAAUGCACUUUUACGAACACACCCAACAUCAGUCACAACACGUUGAACAAGACAGUGUGCAAAAGUUCCAGAUCCUGAAUCUGGGUAACGGAAAAUCAGCUAUUGCACAACCGCAAGCACCGUCCGGCGGCGGAUCGACUCAGGAAGAAUCAGAAAUAGGACGUCUGUUCGGAACACAACAGCAAACCACGCAUCGAUGCAACAAAUGCAACACAAUCCGAGUAAAAGAUAACGUCCUGCUUGUAUGCAGCUUGCUCUAUCCGACCACCACCACCAACAACGUGGAAGGCACGUUCGGCACAAUUUUAAAGCACUCACUCGGGGUCGAGAAAACGACUCCAGCUUGGUGUGAAACGUGCAAUAAAUUCACACCAACUAAUCAAAAAUCGCGCGUCUCUGGUCUCCCGGGAAUAUUGUCAAUCAAUUGUGGUCUGGAUAAUGAGAAGGAACUAGAAUAUCUGAAACGACAGAUGUGCCGAACAACCAGCCCUCAGAUGUCGUCAGGUCACCAAGGGUCUAGUGUGACAAGUUCUGGGGUGUUGAAUGAUCAGACAACGGUUGUGUUCAACGGUUCUGGCACAAAUGCAAAAAUGUGCCGUUAUGGAACUAAUUGCUCGAGAGUUGAUUGCCAUUUUGCUCAUCCACGUAAAUCAUCACCGUGCGUUAUUUCGACAGCUUCAUCUUCAUCUGUGGCUACAACUGGCCACAUAAUGCAAAAGUCCUGGUUUCCGCUCAGCUUCCAGAUGUCGCUUGAUGAACAGCAGAAUCUUGAUAUUAGUUCAUUGCGAACCGCUUCCAAUGGAGAAUCGGUUUUAUCUGCCGGGCUGGAAUCAAUUUCUCAACCAGCCAAGGAAGGCAAAGAAGAAAGCAGUACAAAUGAUGAGUCAUUGCAUGCACAGAAAAUCACCAAGACUUAUAACUUAUCGGCUGUGGUAUGUUACAUCAACGACGGAUCACAGCGCAAUUUGGUCUCAUUGAUACAUGUCCCGACAAGCUAUCAGGAGCUCAAGCAACCGGGUGACAGUAAUUCCACCGGAGGGUGGUACAUUUUUAACGAUUUUAGCAUUUCGCCAGUUCCAGUUCAGGAAGCCGUUUGGUUCACGCUUGAUUGGAAGGUACCAUGUGUUCUGUUCUACACAAGUAGCGCGUUAACCGAGGAGCAACAUCACGGAGGAUUCGGUAUAAAUAACGAGCACAUGACGCAGUACGUCAAUCCGUUCACAACGGAUCUCUUCGAGGAAGAAAACACGGAAGACAGCUCUGGCCAAUCGCCGGCGAACAGUAGUGAUACAGUCUCAGCUAAAUUUGAUGGUGAUAGAAAGAACAGCGGCGGACCAAUUGAUGCUGUAGUUCUUUUCAAGUCCCUCGAUAGAAAGGAGAUAUUUCGUGCUGGUGAUCUGGUUGCAAUGGAUGCGGAAUUUGUGACCCUCAACCCGGAGGAAAGCGAAAUUCGAUCGGAUGGCAAGAUGUCGACGGUGAAGCCAAGUCACAUGAGCGUGGCGAGAAUCACAUGUAUUCGCGGACAAGGUGAACAUGAAGGAGUUCCGUUCAUGGACGAUUACAUUUCCACCCAAGAACAAGUCGUGGACUAUCUGACAAAGUUCUCGGGGAUCAUGCCAGGCGAUUUAGAUGCGAACUUCAGUAAUAAACGACUGACCACACUGAAGAACUCGUACCAGAAGCUACGCUAUCUCGUUGAUAGUGGGGUGAUCUUUGUGGGCCAUGGUUUGAAGAACGAUUUCCGGGUGAUCAACAUCAUAGUCCCGCCAGAGCAAGUCGUUGACACCGUGCACUUGUUUCACCUACCGCAUCAUCGAAUGGUGUCACUGCGUUUUCUGGCCUGGCAGUUUCUCGGAAUCAAAAUACAAUCGGAAACGCACGACUCGAUCGAAGACGCACGAACUGCGCUGCAGCUGUAUAAGCACUAUCUGCGGUUGCAGGAAAAGGACGAGUUUUCACAGGCUCUAUCUUCGCUUUACGAAAAAGGCAAAAAGCUCCAAUGGAAAGUUCCGGAUUAGAAGGUUACCACGGGCGGUUAGCUUCUAUACAUAAUGCGAUUGUUAGGAUAAUGCAAAAUACCUUAAUUGUAUCUAUGAUGUAAAUAAU